AUGUUAUACUCCUUGGAAGCAUCUAGGAAGCCAGACAGCUUCAGUGGGGAGUUUCUAGUGCCAUCAUACCGUGGAUCUUCCUUCUUGGACCCAAAAGGAAGAGGUGCUUCAACUGGUUAUGACAAAGUUGACGCAUUGCCUUCUGGUGGCAGAGGAGAUGUGGAAGAACUUGCUAAGGAGAACAACAAGAGUGCUUCUUCAUCCAAAGGGAAGAUCACAUUGAGCGUGACACAGAGAAAGCCUGAUACCGGUGAUGUGAUUGGUGUGUUCGAGAGCAUUCAACCGCCCAACACUGAUUUGGGAGCGAAAGCUCCAAAGGAUGUGAAGAUCCAGGGAGUUUGGUAUGCUCAGCUUGAGUCAUAG